AUGGGAAAUUGUUCUAACACUUGGCCACUCAGUACUUGUGUAUCAUCUAGAACUAGUCAACAAACGAAUUCAGAUACUGAAACAAACAAAGAUAAACAACAAAAAAUAUUAAAAGCAAUGAGUCGAGAUAUUAUACCUGCAUCUGGCAAACAUACAGCAAGUUUGAUAUUUUUACAUGGAUUGGGUGAUGUAGGUACAUCGUGGCUUCAAUCAUUUAAAAUGUAUCGUAUUCCAGAAAAAACACAACAUAUUAAAUAUAUUUUUCCAACGGCAGCAGUGAGAAAAGUGACCUUAAAUUUUGGCAUGGAAAUGACAUCAUGGUUUGAUGUCAGAGGUUUAAACAAAGAUGCGGUUGAAGAUACAGAGGGAAUAGAAGCAUCAACAAAAUUAUUGCUUGAAUUGGUGAAUAAAGAAAUUGAGAGUGGUAUUCCACCAGAACGAAUCAUUGUGGGCGGAUUUUCUAUGGGUGGUGCCGUAGCAUUACAUGCAGCUCUGACUGCUCCAUGGACGUUAGGUGGUUGUAUUGCAUUGAGUACUUGGCUUCCGUUAUCAAAGACGUUCCCAGAUGCCCUUAAAGCUAUUGAUCAAAAAGGGAAUUUGCCCAUAAUACAAUGUCAUGGUAGACAAGAUUCACUUGUGCAAAUAGCAUGGGCUAGAUUAACCUCCCAAGCAUUAGAAAGUUUUGGUUUUAAAAAUUAUCAAUUUCAUGAAUAUAACAUGGAACAUAGUAGUUGUGAUAAAGAAAUAAGUGAUGUAUCGGAAUUUAUUCAACGCGUACUACCGAACAACAAAUGA